CUUCCAUUGAAAUCCCAAGAUUAUAAAAGAUGGCUGUCUCACCUCCUUCAGAGAAUAAUCAAGAGCCAUCAGCUACAGAUGAAACGACUCCGCUCCUAGAAGCAGGACCAUCUGUUCAAAGCAACCAAGAGUCCUCACUAUUGCAAGAUACCCCACCCUCAGAAGCCGAAGAUGAUACGCCCUUACCAAAAGUUCAGAUCUUUCUUCUCUGCUAUGCACGGCUAGUAGAGCCAAUUGCUUUCUUUUCCAUCUUUCCUUUCGUCAACAAGAUGAUCUUGGAAACGGGGAAUCUUGACGAGGCGGAUGUGGGGUUCUAUAGCGGUCUUAUAGAAUCAUUAUACUCUUUAACGCAGAUGCUAACGAUGAUCGCCUGGGGCCGGGCCGCGGAUCGUCUUGGGAGAAAGCCAGUGCUGGUUCUCACGCUUUUUGGAGUGGCGAUCGCAACAACGCUCUUUGGGUUCAGUAAAGCUAUCUGGCAGAUGAUGUUUUGCAGAUGUCUGGCAGGGUUCUUUGGGGGCAUGGUUGUCACGCUUCGGGCUAUGAUUUCGGAGAAUAGCACGCCGAAGACUCAGGCUAUAGCUUUCAGCUACUUCACUUUUACCAGCAAUAUUGGCAUCUUUCUUGGCCCCUUCAUUGGUGGUGUGCUGUCCAACCCCGCUGAUCAAUACCCGCGGGCUUUUGGGAAUAUCCAAUUCUUUAAAGACUAUCCAUAUGCUCUUCCUACCAUUGUUAGUGGCUUGUUUAGUGCGAGUGCUGCUAUUCUUACCACACUCUUUGUCAAAGAAACCUUGACCCAAGAUCGUAGAGCCAAGCAAAAGGAAUCCCCAAUGACAACAUGGGAACUUAUCAAAUUCCCAGGCGUUGCCACCGUCAUCUACAUCUACGGCCACACCAUGCUCCUGGCCUUCUGCUACACCGCAGUAAUCCCAGUCUUCUGGUUUACUCAACCCUCACUCGGCGGUUACGGCUUCUCCCCCUUCCAAAUCUCCAUGUUCCUGGGCGCGGGCGGCAUCUCACAAGCCCUCUGGACAUUGAUCGUGUUCCCACCCCUCCAGCGCCGUGUCGGCACCGGAGGCGUACUGCGCGCUUGCGCCUUUGCCUGGCCAUUCUUCUUCGCCGCCUGCCCCAUCGGUAAUGUUCUCCUUCGUCAGGAAUGGAAAACCGCUUUCUGGAUCGUCGCUCCGACCGUAAACGUCGUCGGGUGCGGUGUCAGCAUGGCAUUUACGGCGGUCCAACUGGCACUAAACGACAUCGCGCCCUCGGCCUCUACGCUCGGGACGCUGAACGCACUCGCACUGACGGUGAUCGCGGCGCAGCGCGCGGUAGCACCGGCCCUCUUCACGAGCAUCUUCGCUGCGGGCGUGCGAACGCAGUUCUUGGGCGGGUAUCUCGUCUGGUUGGUCAUGAUCUGCGUCGCGAUAGGAUUGACGCCCGCGGUGCGCAGGCUGCCGGCGAAAGCAGAGGGGAAGAUUAAAGAUCCUGCGGAAAGAGGAUAGGGGAUGUAAGUAAGUGUCAAAUGAAGGUGGUUAAAUAGAUUAUUGAGGGUAUGUAUGUACAUGCGCGUACGACUUGGAUUGGAUAUGAGUAAAGAGUGGGGGAGAUUGUAAAGUGCUUACAUAUAUGGAUAUGGGUUAGAAGCUAUUUGGUCUAUGUAGCAUAAAGCGAACUCGAGAUAGAUUGUCAUUUCUGCGUAUUAGCAAGCAAGC